AUGGCGGAAAUCCAAGUUCUAUCACCUUUUGAGGAUGAGACGGACCAGCCUCCGGGCACAUUCAAACUGAUUCGAGGUGAGGUUCCUUUCCUCUCCUGCGUUGGGGUGUUUAUUGACAACCAUCCUGUCCCAGACGACGGGGCAGAUGAGCACGGGCAGCACAGUGUCGUUCUCGACCCUAUUCCCUCAUUCGACCCCGAACGGGCCCCUAUUAUCUUCACAGCGUUAUCCAUUCAAGCCAUUUUUUGGCAGCAGAUUACCAUUGACCUGAAAGUCACCUACACCCAAUUGAAUAAAGCCAUGUCGGUAAACUUUGUCGGUCUCACAGCUGGUUGUAUUUUCUUUAUUCCAUUCGCGAAAAAGUACGGCCGACGGCCGGUUUAUAUCGUCUCAACAGCACUAAUGUUGACGACGUCAUUCUGGACAUCCAGAAUAAACAGUCUGACAGAGCUAUAUGUGACCAACUUGCUACAAGGUUUGGCUGGUGCUACCAACGAGUCUAUAGCGGAGAUAACAAUUGCCGACUUGUUCUUCGUGCAUCAUCGGGGAAGUAUGAACGGAUUAUACUUGACAUGUGUCGUGAUCGGUAGCUUCCUGACCCCCAUGGCUGCAGGGGCACAAGCCACACAUCACGGCUGGCGCUCGUGCUAUCAAACCAUGGGGAUCUCCAACGGUAUCCUUUUUGUCAUUUUCCUCUUCAUCUACGAGGAAACUAAAUACGUCCCUGUGUUCACUGGGCAAGCCCACGCCACAGUUGAAGAAGACAACCCACCCAUCUUAAUCAAGGAAGAUGGUCCGGAAAUUUUUGACUCGGGGUGUUCUGCCAAUUGCUCUUCAUCUGUCAUUGAACGGGCCCAUUCUCAUCAUGUACUGGACCUCACUAUACCGCAGAACCCGUGGCGCAAGCGACUUGCCCUGGCAACGCCAACACCAGAACCAAUCUGGCCGCAUUUCUACCGCCCCUUCUGCGUGCUUAUCCUUCCCGCUGUGGCAUUUGCCGCGGUUCAAUAUGCAGCUGGACUAGCCUGGUUAACAGUAACUUCGAACGUGCUGUCACUCACACUCCCAGAGCCGCCAUAUCUCUUCUCCCCUGCCCAAAUCGGAUACACUAGCGCUGGUCCACUGAUUGGGAACAUUAUCGGUACAGUAUACGGGGGCUUCAUCGGUGAUCGGUCGAUCUUGUACUACGCAAAACGAAACAGGGGCUAUUAUGAACCCGAAAUGCGGUUGUACAUCUUACACCUUCCGGCCAUUUUCAUGGCAGGUGGCCUUAUCAUGUUCGGGGCAACGAUUUCUCGGGGAAUGCACUGGAUCUGGCCGAAUGUCGCAGGUUCCUUUUUCGGGUUUGGCCUGGGCAGUAUUAGUGAUGCUGCAUUGGUGUUAGUCACGGACAGUUACAGAGAGAUUACCGGUGAUGCGUUCACCGCUGUGGCGUUCAUGCGUAACGCGGUCGGUAUCGCUGUUCCAUUCGUGAUCUCUCCAUGGAUCCAGCGCAGUGGCAUACAGAAUAUGUUCAUCACGUGUGGGAUGUUGAGCCUAGCCAUUACUGGGACGAUUGUCCCAAUGGUCUUUUGGGGAAAGUCUGCUAGGCGCGCAUUGGCAGGUCGCUAUCGCGAUAUCGCGGAGCAUGGUCAUGCUAUGUGA